AUGGAUGGUAUGAGUAAUAACGAUCCUAGGAAUGGCUACAUAUUAGAAAACAAUGUUUUGAAGCGCAUCGUGCAGGAUCCAGCCUUUGGACAAAGACAUUGCACAGUAGUUUCCGAGGGCGUCCAAGAAAAGUUGCACAUGAUCAACUUCGUCGGGCACCUCAAACCUGGAGACCAGAUGACCGUAUCGGCGGAAGAAGACGACUCUCCAGCAUCAACCAAUGAGGCUAUAGCAUCUACUUCACGAAGCAAUAUAGUCGAACAACGAACUCAAGAAUACCAAGCUCAAAAAGAAAACAUUUCACUGUUUCAGAUGAACUUCGAGAAUUCUCCGAUAAAAGUCAUACAUGCGGCUGGUGCAGAGCGCGCACCGCCGGUCAGAAACGGCCGUAUCGGCGCAACAUCAUUUAUU